ACAACUGUCUCUUAACGCCCCCUCAUUCACCGCCUCUCCAGAGCCGCCUCAAAGAUUUACGACCAAAAAGCAACAGGGAUACAUGUCUAAACUGCUACGGAGGAGAAGCAGUAGGAUUCCUGACAUGAAAUCUCUCUAAGAGGAGAAAAGCAGCGAAACCUAGAAAAUCUACACCCACCCACGGGCAGGAGACAGGGGGAGAGAGAAAGAAAGAAAGAGAGAGUGGAGGGGAGCGUGAAAGAGGGGAGAAAGAAAGAGCAAGGGAUAACAGUCGAUGGAUGCUGCUUGGACACUCUGGUUGGUACAAUCUUCAGUGACAAGGACCGGAGAGCUGCAGGAAUGGAUGGGAAGGGAAGACACAUUCCUCCAGCCAUGGUGUGGUGCGAGCGGGGAAUUCAGGUGCUUCUCACCACUGUGGGAGCAUUCGCAGCCUUCGCCUUGAUGACCGUGGCCAUUGGCACGGACUACUGGCUGUACGCUCGGGCCUUUAUCUGCAACAGCACUGCCAACUCCUCUCAGGAUGACCCCCACAACAAGGACAAGAAGGAUCCUGGAGCCCUCACCCACUCCGGACUCUGGAGGAUUUGCUGCCUGGAAGGAUUAAAGAGAGGAGUGUGUUCCCAGAUUAAUCAUUUCCCAGAUGAUGCUGAUUAUGACCAGGAUGCUGCAGAGUACCUUUUACGUAUAGUCAGGGCCUCCAGUAUAUUUCCUAUCCUCAGUGCCAUAUUAUUGCUGCUAGGUGGAGUGUGUGUGGCUUCUAGUCGGUUCCACAAGACCAAAAGACACAUCAUUUUGGGAGCAGGCAUUUUGUUUGUAGUGGCAGGCCUGAGCAACAUCAUAGGUGUCAUUGUAUACAUCUCGGCGGCGCUCAGUGACAUCUCUCCCAAAAAGGAUGAGGACAAGAAGUGGCACUACUCCUACGGGUGGUCCUUCUACUUCGGCGGCCUGUCGUUCAUUCUGGCAGAAGUGGUAGGUGUGCUGGCCGUCAACAUUUACAUCGAGCGCAACAAAGAACUGCGCUGCCGUUCGCGCACUGACCUCUUCCGCAGCACGACCUCAGCUGUGUUACGCCUACCGGGAUAUCGCUUCCGCCGGCGCUCCUCCCGCUCCAGCUCACGCUCCACAGCGGAGCCGACCCACUCCCGCGAGCAGUCCCCCACCUCCACCAUCGCUCCCAAGAACUUCGGCCCGCCCCUGGCCGCCGGCCCGCCACCCUUUUCAGUAGCCACGCUUCCCAAUCCGCAUAAGCAUUCCGGAGGAGGGAUGGGGGAUAUAUCCAUGUACACGCUAGGCAGGGAAGGUAAGCCGCCCAUGUAUGGUACAGUCGACCGUGCCACGCUCUACCAGCUGCACAAUUACUUUCCGACAAAGGAGGGCGGCGGAGGAGCGCUCAUGACGGGAACGCUGCCUUCUCUGUCCAAGUCGAACCUGGCUGCAUCGACCAACGCCACCCUCAAUACCUCAUCUUCCUCCGGCCCCCAGCAGCCGCCACUGUCCGCCGGCUCCUCCGCCACCAUGGAGAGGGAUCGAGGGCUGGGUACCUUGGAUCGACUUGGUAAAGGAGACAGUUCAAACACUAACACUCUCAACAGGAGAACAACACCUGUGUAACGAAAAGCUGGAGGGGGAGGGAAGAGAGUGACGGGGAAAACAAGCGAUUACAUGAAUUGGAAGUAAAGCGGGAAGGAGGGAAACGGGAGAAGGGAAAAAAAGCAAGAAAGGGCUGAGAAACAAAACAAGGUCCGCUUGCAAGACGACAAAGAAGUGAAUAAGAAGGCAAUAGAUCCUCUUUUUUUCCUCAUUUUUGAACAUGGUGACUUGAGUAACAGAAUUCCAUCCGCACUUCUUAUUGAUUCAUGUUGAAAUACUCGAUGUGUGUGAUGGUGAUCUUUCGGUUCUUCAAGCUCUUUCAAUUCCAGUGCUUUAUCAUCAGGUUAUGCCUGUAACUUAUUUAGCAUUCCAAUAGAGUUGUUGUUUGUUUGUUUUUUUAUUAUGCUAAUUGUCAUUGCUGGGUUAACUUAUACAUUAUUCAUUUUUAUCAAGGUAUUUUGUUUUUGCACAAUUAUCCAUUUUAAUUUAUU